AUGUCAGGAGAGUUAGGAGACUAUAAAAAUGAGGAAAUGACAGAGAAGGGAACAAAUAAAGACGUGAAAAAAAGAAAACUGGAAAAGAGUGAGGAAGAUGACGAAACUAAGGAAGCGUCAGGAAGCAAGGUGAUUUCAGAACAGCAUAAUUUGAAGCGAUCAAGUAAUGUGAUAGACAAUGAAAGUAAGGAUGAGUCAAAGAGUGACGUUGUUAAAAAACGGAAAACAAAAGAGAUUGUAGAGAAUGAAGGUAGAAAGACGUCAAAGAAGGAAAAGAAAAAAAAAGAUGUAAUAAAAUGA